GAAUUGUGGGGUAGAUGGUCAAGCAGCUCUGAUCACGGCCGCCUGUUUCCAAGGCGGUGCUGGCAGUCUCCUCGCCAGGAUCCCAAGCGUCGCCUGAGCGUCGCCGGGACGAGCGAGCACGCGAGAAACCCUGGCUCUCGCGUUGCAGCCAGCUGAGGGCGACAUUGAUGAAAGGCCCGCUGACGUCCGUGGUCUGUGACUCCCGCGCAAAACAUGAUCUCAGCGCCCAGAAACACAAGACGCCGAGAGGAUGGCUGACAGUGCUUGUGCGAGGUUAUGUUUGGCCUGUUGGCAGCUGUCUCCGCCUGCUUGACGCAGGCACUGCUUCAAGUCGCCAGCGUGCGAGGCGGGAGAGGCUCGACGCCACGAAACGCACUCCGCUCGGGACGAAGACUGCCGGGCGUUGCGCCGGGCCUCUGCUUCCCAAAGGCGACACCAUCACCACAACACUCAGCACUGCUCUCUGGAUGGCUCUGGACGGCGCUGCAGUCGGUCGGGGCCUGUCAAACAUGCGGCUGAAACUGCCGUCUAGACGUCCAGCAUCGCGCUGGUCUGACGUCCAAGCCAAACAGGGAGAUCAUCAUUACUGAAUCUUGAUGGCCCAUCUGCGUACAGACCAUAGCCAAGCGGUGUAGCUUAGAUGCCUUCGACACAGUAUAUAAGUGUGCUGAGCCAAGACGGUUUUCUGGGCAUCCCUCAAGCUUCCCAUCUUCAACCGCUUCACUUUCGUUUACCUUCUUCCAUCAGAGCUGUGCUCGACUUCUUACUUGGCUUCGCUUCGAUUCUUGCAGAACUACUGGCUAGUCAUUCUUUGAAUAAACCACAUUCUUUGUCCGAUUUUUGGCAUAUACCCACGUUUCUUUCACGACCCGCUACAACGCUAGAAAGAUCCCUCGAGUCACAAUGCAUUUCUCCAAGUCAGCCGUUGUCGCCUUCGCCUCCACCGCCCUCGCGGCAAACCACAACAUCCUCGUCGGCCUGAACGGCGGCCUCACCUUCACGCCACAGACCGUCAACGCCGCCGUUGGCGACACCGUCACGUGGACCUUCCUCACCCAGAACCAUACCGUCACUUCCGGCACUCCAAACACCGGCUGCGCCCCAGAUGGCACUUUCAACUCCGGCUUCAUCCCCGUAUCCAGCGCAGCUGCCAACGCGGGCAACGCCGCCGGCGCCAAUGCCGCAAAGACCAAGGGCAACUUCAUCGUCCGUGGCAUGAACAACAUCUUUGACUCUCGCAGUGCUCUCGAGGUUCGCCAGAACACUCUGCCCAACUUUGUCUACAAGGUUACCUCGACGCAGCCCCAGGUCUUCUACUGCGCGCAGGCCCAACAUUGCCAGGUCAACAUGGUUGGCGUCAUCAACCCAGCCAGCAGCGGUCCAAAUUCGCUUGCCGCCUACUCGCAGCUUUGCGCCAAGGCCCAGACAAACCAGCUACCAAACACUGCUGCUGGCACCGGCGGCACUCUUAACGCCGCUGCCAAGGCCGUCGUAGGUAAGAAGGCGAGUACCACUGCUGCUGGAACCGCUGCUACUGCGACGACCGCCGCCAACGGCGCGACCAAGGCUGGAAAGGGCGGUGCUGCAAACGGUGCCGCAGGUGCCGCAAACGGUGCUACCAAGGCAGGAAAGGCUGGUGCCGCAACCGCUGCCAGCGCUGCUGCAGGCGCAGCGGGCAAGGGCAACAAGGGCAACUAAAUGGGAGGAGUGAAAUAGGUAGUAAAAGGGGGGGGGGGGUUU